AGCGUGCGGGUGUGAGUGUGUGUGUGUGCGUGUGUGAGUGUGUGUGUGUGCGCGGGGUGCGUGCGCGCGCGGGGCCUGCCCAUUUUCUUCCUUCGCAGCAGUCAGUUGGGAGCUGGAGGGAGGGAGAGGGAGACGCAGCGGCGAGAAACCCGAGCGGAGCCGAGCGCCCUCCGCCCCAGGCGCCCUCCCUCGGUCCGCGCCCAGGCGCCGUCGCUGGGAGUAGCGAGGUGCCUCCCAGCCCGCAAGGGCGCAGCGCACCAGCCCGCGGGCUCUUCUGGGCUUUGCGGGGCGCUGCACCUGGAGGCGGCCCCGGACGGGGAUGCUCAGCGGCUGCCGCCGUCCGGCAGGCAAGCGGGACGCGCGGUGAGGGCACCAUGGCGCUGACGCCCGGGCUGGGGUCCUCGGCGGGGCUGGUCCGGCCCGAGCUCUGGCUGCUGCUGUGGGCUGCCGCGUGGCGCCUGGGUACCACGGCUUGCCCCGCCCUCUGCACCUGCACCGGCACCACGGUGGACUGCCACGGCACGGGGCUGCAGGCCAUUCCCAAGAACAUCCCACGAAACACCGAGCGCCUGGAACUCAACGGCAACAACAUCACCCGGAUCCACAAGAAUGACUUUGCGGGGCUCAAGCAGCUUCGGGUGUUGCAGCUGAUGGAGAACCAGGUUGUGGCGGUGGAACGAGGGGCUUUCGAUGACAUGAAGGAACUGGAGCGGCUACGACUGAACCGGAACCAGCUGCACACGUUGCCAGAACUGCUGUUCCAGAAUAACCAGGCCCUGUCCCGACUGGACCUGAGCGAGAACGCCCUCCAGGCCAUCCCCAGGAAGGCUUUCCGCGGAGCUACAGACCUCAAGAAUCUACAGCUGGACAAGAACCACAUCAGCUGCAUCGAGGAAGGGGCCUUCCGGGCCCUGCGGGGGCUGGAGGUGCUGACCCUGAACAACAACAACAUCACCACCAUUCCCGUGUCCAGCUUCAAUCACAUGCCCAAGCUGCGGACCUUCCGCCUGCACUCCAACCACCUGUUCUGUGACUGCCACCUGGCCUGGCUCUCGCAGUGGCUGAGGCAGCGGCCGACCAUCGGGCUCUUCACCCAGUGCUCGGGCCCCGCCAGCCUGCGUGGCCUCAACGUGGCCGAGGUCCAGAAGAGUGAGUUCAGCUGCUCAGGCCAGGGGGAGGCGGGGCGCGUGCCCUCCUGCACCCUCUCCUCCGGCUCCUGCCCCGCCAUGUGCGCCUGCAGCAAUGGCAUCGUGGACUGUCGUGGCAAAGGCCUCACGGCCAUCCCCGCCAACCUGCCGGAGACCAUGACCGAGAUCCGUCUGGAGCUCAAUGGCAUCAAGUCCAUCCCCCCGGGAGCCUUCUCUCCCUACAGAAAGCUGCGCAGGAUAGACCUGAGCAACAACCAGAUCGCAGAGAUCGCGCCCGACGCCUUCCAGGGCCUCCGCUCCUUGAACUCGCUGGUCCUCUAUGGAAACAAGAUCACAGACCUGCCCCGCGGCGUGUUUGGAGGCCUGUACACCCUACAGCUCCUGCUCCUGAACGCCAACAAGAUCAACUGCAUCCGGCCGGACGCCUUCCAGGACCUGCAGAACCUCUCGCUGCUCUCCCUGUACGACAACAAGAUCCAGAGCCUGGCCAAGGGCACCUUCACCUCCCUGCGGGCCAUCCAGACACUGCAUCUGGCCCAGAACCCCUUCAUCUGUGACUGUAACCUCAAGUGGCUGGCGGACUUCCUGCGCACGAAUCCCAUCGAGACGAGCGGAGCCCGUUGCGCCAGCCCCCGGCGCCUAGCCAACAAGCGCAUUGGGCAGAUCAAGAGCAAGAAGUUCCGGUGCUCAGCCAAAGAACAGUACUUCAUUCCAGGCACGGAGGAUUACCAGCUGAACAGCGAGUGCAGCAGUGAUGUCGCCUGUCCCCACAAGUGCCGCUGCGAGGCCAGUGUGGUGGAGUGCUCCAGCUUGAAGCUCUCCAAGAUCCCAGAGCGCAUCCCCCAGUCCACGGCUGAGCUACGAUUGAACAACAAUGAGAUUUCCAUCCUGGAGGCCACUGGGAUGUUUAAAAAACUUACUCAUCUGAAGAAAAUCAACCUGAGCAACAACAAGGUGUCCGAAAUUGAAGAUGGGGCCUUCGAGGGCGCAGCCUCCGUGAGCGAGCUGCACCUAACCGCCAACCAGCUGGAGUCCAUCCGCAGCGGCAUGUUCCGGGGUCUGGAUGGCUUGCGGACGCUGAUGCUGAGGAACAACCGCAUCAGCUGCAUCCACAACGACAGCUUCACGGGCCUGCGCAACGUCCGGCUGCUCUCGCUCUAUGACAACCAGAUCACCACCAUCUCCCCCGGAGCCUUCGACACCCUCCAGGCCCUUUCCACGCUAAACCUCCUGGCCAACCCCUUCAACUGCAACUGCCAGCUGGCCUGGCUGGGCGACUGGCUGCGCAAGAGGAAGAUCGUGACAGGGAACCCGCGAUGCCAGAACCCAGACUUCCUUCGGCAGAUCCCCCUGCAGGACGUGGCCUUCCCCGACUUCAGGUGUGAGGAAGGCCAAGAGGAGGGGGGCUGCCUGCCCCGCCCGCAGUGCCCCCAGGAGUGCGCCUGUCUGGACACUGUGGUCCGGUGCAGCAACAAGCACCUCCGGGCUCUGCCCAAGGGCAUCCCCAAGAAUGUCACAGAACUCUAUUUGGAUGGGAACCAGUUCACACUGGUUCCGGGACAGCUGUCUACCUUCAAGUACCUGCAGCUCGUGGACCUGAGUAAUAACAAGAUCAGUACCUUAAGCAAUUCCUCCUUCACCAACAUGAGCCAGCUGACCACUCUGAUCCUCAGCUACAAUGCCCUCCAGUGCAUCCCUCCUCUGGCCUUCCAGGGGCUCCGCUCCCUGCGCCUGCUGUCCCUCCACGGCAAUGAUGUUUCCACCCUCCCAGAGGGCAUCUUUGCAGACGUGACCUCCCUGUCUCAUCUGGCCAUUGGUGCCAACCCCCUGUACUGUGACUGCCACCUCCGUUGGCUGUCCAGCUGGGUGAAGACUGGCUACAAAGAACCAGGCAUUGCCCGCUGCGCUGGGCCCUCAGACAUGGAGGGCAAGCUGCUGCUCACCACGCCUGCCAAGAAGUUUGAAUGCCAAGGUCCUCCUACUCUAGCUGUCCAAGCCAAGUGUGAUCCCUGCUUGUCCAUUCCAUGCCAGAACCAGGGCACUUGCCACAAUGAUCCCCUGGAGGUGUACAGGUGUGCCUGCCCUAGUGGCUAUAAGGGCCGAGACUGUGAGGUAUCCCUGGACAGCUGUUCCAGCAGCCCUUGUGGCAAUGGAGGGACGUGCCAUGCCCAGGAGGGCCAGGAUGGUGGCUUCACGUGCUCCUGUCCCAUCGGCUUUGAAGGACCAACCUGUGAGGUGAACACGGAUGACUGUGUGGAGCAUGCCUGUGCCAAUGGAGGCAUCUGUGUGGAUGGUGUGGGCAACUACACCUGCCGGUGCCCCCUGCAGUACACGGGAAGGGCCUGUGAGCAGCUGGUGGACUUCUGCUCCCCGGAUCUGAACCCAUGUCAGCACGAGGCCCAGUGUGUGGGCACCCCAGAUGGGCCCAGGUGUGAGUGUGCACCAGGUUACGCGGGUGACAACUGCAGUGAGAAUCAGGACGACUGCAGGGAUCAUCGCUGCCAGAAUGGGGCUCAGUGCGUGGACGAGGUCAACAGCUAUGCCUGCCUCUGUGCCGAGGGCUACAGCGGACAGCUCUGUGAGAUCCCCCCACACCCACCUGCCCCCAGGAACCCCUGUGAGGGGACUGAGUGCCAGAAUGGGGCCAACUGUGUGGACCAGGGCAGCCGGCCUGUGUGCCAGUGCCUCCCAGGCUUCGGUGGCCCUGAGUGUGAGAAGUUGCUCAGUGUCAACUUUGUGGAUCGGGACACUUAUCUGCAGUUCACUGACCUGCAGAACUGGCCACGGGCUAAUAUCACACUACAGGUCUCCACUGCAGAGGACAACGGGAUUCUGCUGUACAAUGGAGACAACGACCACAUCGCAGUUGAGCUGUACCAGGGCCACGUGCGUGUCAGCUAUGACCCAGGCAGCUACCCCAGUUCUGCUAUCUACAGUGCCGAGACGAUCAAUGACGGGCAGUUCCACACUGUUGAGCUGGUCACCUUUGACCAGAUGGUGAAUCUCUCCAUCGAUGGUGGCAGUCCCAUGACCAUGGACAACUUUGGCAAACACUACACGCUCAACAGCGAGGCCCCUCUUUACGUGGGAGGGAUGCCCGUGGACGUGAACUCAGCUGCCUUCCGCCUGUGGCAGAUCCUCAAUGGCACCAGCUUCCACGGUUGUAUCCGAAACCUGUACAUCAACAAUGAGCUGCAGGACUUCACCAAGACGCAGAUGAAACCAGGCGUGGUGCCGGGCUGCGAACCCUGCCGCAAGCUCUACUGCCUGCGUGGCAUCUGCCAGCCUAGUGCCAGCCCGGGGCCUGUGUGCCACUGUGAGGCUGGCUGGGGGGGCCUGCACUGCGACCAGCCAGCUGACGGCCCCUGCCAUGGGCACAAGUGUGUCCAUGGGGAAUGUGUGCCCCUUGAUGCCCUUUCCUACAGCUGCCAGUGCCAGGAUGGGUACUCAGGGGCUCUGUGCAACCAGGUCGGGGCGGCUGCAGAGCCCUGUGGGGGCCUGCAGUGCCUGCAUGGCCACUGCCAGGCCUCGGCCACCAAGGGGGCACACUGUGUUUGUGACCCUGGCUUUGUGGGCAAGCUGUGUGAGCAAGAGUCCGAAUGCCGGGGGGACCCUGUGCGGGACUUUCACCGGGUCCAGAGGGGCUAUGCCAUCUGCCAGACCACGCGCCCACUGUCGUGGGUGGAGUGCCGGGGCACGUGCCCGGGCCAGGGCUGCUGCCGGGGCCUGCGGCUGAAGCGGAGGAAGCUCACCUUCGAGUGCAGCGAUGGGACCUCUUUUGCUGAGGAGGUGGAGAAGCCCACCAAGUGCGGCUGUGCCCUCUGCGCGUAGUGGGCGCGGGCCGGCGGCGGGCGGCAGCUGGGCUGGGGGUGCGGGCCAUCACCAGGACGGCGCCAGGCCCUGGGCAGCGCGGGUGGCCUCGACAGCCUUUCUAGCUUUGGCCGGGCGGAGGGGCGAGGCCAAGCUGCCGCCCUCUCCGGAAGUGCCUUGCACAAAUAGGCGCUUAAUAAAUAUUUGUUGAAUGAAUGUGUGCGUGAGGUCAGGCCACGAAGGCAGAGUGGUGGCACCCCUCCAUGCCUGCUACCUGGUCUGAAGAAGGGGGCUGAUCCUUUCUCAAGCUGGCCUUCCCCCUGGGGCCUCUGCGAGUAACGGCCUCACUCCUGCUGCCACAGCAUCUUGCUGGCAGCAGGUCGCGGGCAGAGCGGAAGGGCCUCCUCUUGCCACAGGAAAGGGGCUGCCCCACCCGGUUGGCACUGCUUGGGAAGGAUGCUGGGGCGGAGUUGGUUCUUAAGACCAGGCCUUGAAUCCUGAUGUGUAGGAUGACCACUGUAGCUUCUAUGAGGGGGUUCCCGGGGAAGGCAGACCCCACCAAAGAGGGCAGGAAGGUCUGGCUCCAGUUGAGUAAACAUCACCUGCCUCCAUCACUAGCCCAGCAAGGGACACUGCACCUGGGCUCCCCAGCCACCCACCCAUUACAAGCUGUUGGUGAACUACUGGCAAUGGGUCAGGUGUGAGGGUUUGGUGACCAGGCAGGGGUCUCCUUUGUGAAGUUCAGCUCAGGUCUCCUGGCACUGAAGGUCAGUAGGGAGCACUGGGGUCACAAAGGUCGUCAUCAUGGCCUUUGUCAGCUGUCAUGCUGGGCAGACUUCUCUCCAUCUGGACCUCAGGGUCCUCAGCUAUAAAAUGGGGAGGAACAAAAGGAACUGGGAAAGAUUCUCCUGCUGUGGUCUCAGAAGGAAACCUGAGGAGUUAGAAGUCCCAUUCUCAUAAAUCACAGCCACAAGUAUUUAUGUGCCUAACCUGGGACGGGAUACUGUGGGCAUCCAGCCCUAAUGGGCGGGCAUGAACCAAUCCCUGUGCACUGCAGGAGUGACCAGGAUGCCUGGGAAGAGUAGAGCCCAGUGGGGCUCUGGCCAUUGACCCUUGUUGGGACUGCAGCUGCCCACCCUAGUGUUCGAGCUACUGGGUGUGGGAUUCUCUGACACAGCUUAUCUGGCAUGCUGAAUCAAGUAGGUGAUUUCUGAAUCUGAGAGUUAGCAAAGGGAGGAAAAGUUACUCUUCUUUCCAGAUGUCUCCCGAAGAGCAUGUAGCCCUGAGUAUGCAAGGGGAAGCCCUUAGCGCUGACUGCAGAGAUCAUCAGCCUCUUGCAGCCACAGAAGCCUGGCACAUUCCACCACACCUGCACUCAUGCCUGCAAGUAUGAGCUGGGACCCUGGGGUGGGAAAGAGGGCCCUGCUCUGCUCAAAUGGGUAAGUGUCCUCAAGGCAGGAUCUGACCCUCACCAGGGGGCCGGGCUCUUAUUGUCUUGAGGCUCUGAGCAACACUAGCCUGCAUAGGGCUGAAACACGCAAGAGCAGCCAGCUUGCCCCUUCCCUGAAAAAAAAGAUGUUGGACUCACUAGCCCUGAGGAAGUUCACCUCCCUGGUGGUCCCCACAGAGCUGGAGAAGCCAGUUCCCAAGCUGAGGAACACUGACUGGCAGGAGGCCUCGUCACUCUGCACAAAGGGGCACCUACAGAAAGGUGAUGCCACCCCUUCCCCAGGGCCAUGGGUACAGCAGGUGAGAGGCCAGUGUGAUGGUUCCCAGGCAGUACUGCAUAAGCCUAAAGUUACCCACAUCGGCCCUGCCAUGCUAGUCCUUGGCUGAGUCUGAGGACUAGAAUCUACUACAAGCCGAGGGCAGCAAGGGGCCAGGAGAGCCACGUGCCCCAAGAUCAACUUAUCCUCCAACUGCAAGCCACUAGGGACCCUGGUCAUCAUCUCCAGUGCCUGUUCACACUGGUGAAGUCCUGGAAGAAGGCUACUGGGAGACCACCUGCUGAGAAAUCGCCUCUGCAUCUUGUCCCCCUUUGGCAAAUGUCUUCAGUUCCUUUGUGGUUGCCACUGGCUGCUUCCAUUAUGUGCACUGAAGACACCCAGCAGGGCAAAGCCUGAGAAGCUGUUCUCUGCAGCAACACUGGUGACAGCCAUGGGUCUCUGGGACUGUUAGGAAAUGGAAAAGGCCGACUUUCUCCUCUUUGCCUGCUGUUAGCCUAACCACGAAAGUAUCUCUUUAUACAGAAUACUUACAGAUUCUAAUAUAUAUUUGUAUUUCAUUUUGUUAUAGUAUUUUUAUAUGUUAAAGUCAACUCCAAUGUCUUGUUUUGAUUUGCAGAUGCUAUGUGGUCGUGACCUUUGGUGUGGGGUUUCUGUAGUCUUAUUUGGAUCGACUCUAAGAGACUGGUUUAGACAGCCCAUGAGGGUGCCGCACCUGCCCUUCCCCUGAAGUACUGUUUUAGAAUGCCAAUAUUGUCUUGUCUUUCAUGUGAACAUGACAUUAUUCACUUACAUUCUGUUUGGUUGGUCUCUUUCUCCACCAAGGUGAGCCUAUUCCUGUCUGCAUUCACCCUCCCAGG